AUGGGGAACGCCAAAAGCAGCGCCAUGUCCAAGGUGAUCUUGGAGGAUCUGAAACUCAACACCAGAUUCACAGAAGAAGAGCUGUCACAAUGGUACGAGAACUUUCAGAAGCAGUGCCCAUCCGGCCGCAUCACGCCAGAUGAGUUUUCAAAGAUCUACGAGCGGUUCUUCCCAGACAGUGACACUACGUCUUACGCCCAGCACGUCUUUCGUUCCUUCGAUACAAAUGAUGAUGGGACACUGGAUUUCAAGGAAUACAUCAUUGCUCUUCAUAUGACGUCAACUGGAAAGACAGAGCGUAAACUGGAGUGGGCCUUCUCUCUCUUUGAUGUUGACAAGAAUGGCUAUAUCACCAAGACAGAAUUGAAGGAAAUCUGCCAGGCUAUCUUUAAGCUGAUCCCCAAAGAGGAACAAGAGAAGCUUCCGGACGAUGAGAACACUGCAGAGAAAAGAGGAGACAAACUGUGGUCCUUCUUUAAUAAGAACGAAAAUGAUCGGCUGGCAGAGGGCGAGUUUAUUCAGGGCAUUCUUGACAAUGAAGAUGCUCUUCACUUUAUUCAGUAUGAGCCCCCAAAGUAA